GUGCGCAUUAAAUAAAUGUGAAGAGUUAAGAAGGGUGAAAGAGACCACGAGAGAACAACUGACAGUCAGAGUUUUUAUAUAUCAUCGAUGCUGCGCCGACAACGGUGAUCAGUACGACAAGUUAUUGAAUGCAUCCACAGGAAAAGAGAUUUUUGAUAAGGAAGAGAGAAGAAUCAAGAAGGGUGAUAAAAAGAGAUUUCCUUGUCCUUCUCUUUUUUGAUCGUAUCGUGAAAAAUUCGAGUUGCGCCGAACGGCAAAUUCAACGGUACAGAUACAUAUCGCGAAGAAAGAGAAAGAGUGCGCGCGCGAGCAAGAGAGAAAGAGAGGGAGGGAGAGAGAGAGAAAGAAAGAAAGAGAGAGAGAAAGAGAGUGUGAGAGAGAGAGAGAGAGAGAGAGUUAACGGAGAGAGGACGAAGAGCAUCGGAGGAGAGCGUGCACCGGCUGACGCUCGUGAGCAGCAGUACUUCCUCGAUUCCAUUCGUUAAGACGCGAGACUCAAAGAGACGAUGAGAGCGUGCUGACGACAACGACGACGUCGCGCGUUAAAGAUUCGGAAACUAUGGCGAACAUCGCGGCGCAGCGAAUCAAACGGGAAUUCAAAGAGGUUAUAAAGAGUGAGGAGGUGAGUGGAGGGAUCACCUCUUGGAGCAGACAACGUAGAUUCGAUCUCGAAUCAAUGCGCGAAGGAGAAGCGCUUUGCGGUUAUGCGGCUUUUGCGGCUUUUCGUGUGGCAAAGUGUGCAAUUAAAGUCGAGUUGGUAAAUGAUAGCUUCACUGAAUUAAAAGGAGAAAUAGCUGGGCCACCAGAUACACCUUAUGAGGGAGGUAAUUUUGUACUUGAAAUCAAAGUACCUGAGACUUAUCCCUUCAAUCCUCCUAAAGUUCGUUUUAUAACAAAAAUAUGGCAUCCUAACAUAUCUUCGGUUACGGGUGCUAUUUGUCUGGAUAUAUUAAAAGAUCAAUGGGCAGCCGCAAUGACUUUACGAACAGUAUUGCUAUCAUUACAAGCAUUGUUAUCUGCAGCAGAACCGGAUGAUCCUCAGGAUGCAGUAGUAGCUAAACAAUAUAAAGAACAGCCUGAUAUGUUUCGUCAAACUGCAAAACAUUGGACAUUUGUAUAUGCGGGUGGACCUGCAAAGAUGCCAGAGUUAGAUGAAAAAAUAAGAAGAUUAACAGACAUGGGGAUUGAAGAACAUAAUGCAAGAGUUGCUCUUUCCUCAUAUAAUUGGGAUUUGGAACGUGCCACUGAGCAGCUCUUCAGUUAGUGAUAACUGUACAGUUAAUUCAUCACACAAAGACCACUCAUUUUGUCAUUUAGGAACUUCUGUAACGACACACUCAAUUAAUAAUACCAUAGCAGUUUUAUAAUAAAAUUCAGCUCCUUUAAUGGCAAUAUUUCCAGUAUAAGAAAAAAAGAUUAAAAGAAAAAAGAGAAUUCAAUAGAUCUGAUUUGAUAUCUUUAAUAGUUAUCUGCUUGAUUUAUAAAAUACGGGCUU